AUGAGAGAUGAAGUACUUGGAAGUGAGGAAAAGAAGGAGGACGAGGUCGACGAAGAAAAUGUUGCGGUUGAAAUCGAUUUUCGGCCAGGCAAAGCUUCUGAUCCCCGGGAGACUUGCUGCUGGCCCGGCUGGACGUUUACCGACGACGUUGUUGUCUUCCAGCCCGUCGAGAAGUUUUCAAAGCGACCAAGAAGCGCAGCGGCCGAGGUAGCUGAGUCAGCGAGUGACAGCAGCAGCGAAGAAGGAGAAGAGAAGAAGAGAAGAAGAGAAGAAGAGAAGAAGUCGUUGGUCUAUCAUACACUGUGGCUGCCAAAGAAGCCCAAGAAGUAG